AUGUUGUCACUGAUAACAGGGCUAGUGUUCAUUGGAUGUUUUGCAUUUCAAACUGUAGAGGAGGAAGCUUCUCUGUGUCAGAUACUGGGGAGUCCAGAGUUUCCUAUGCUUUCAAAAGAAGGAGAUGUUAUCAUCGGUGGAGCUUUUUCCAUCCACAGCAAAAUAACACAGCCUUCACUUGUCUUUACAGAGAAACCAAAACGCCUCAGGUGUUCCAGUGUCAACCUUAGGGAGUUUCGAUUUGCACAGACGAUGAUAUUUGCUAUUGAGGAAAUAAACAAAAACAGUUCUCUUCUUCCCAAUGUUUCUAUUGGAUAUCGUAUUUAUGACAACUGUGGCUCAACACUGUCCUCAAUGCGUGCAGUUAUGGCCCUGAUUAAUGGUGAUGAAUGGAUGCUGGGAAAGAGCUGCUCUGGCCAAUCAGCUGUACAUGCUAUUAUUGGGGAGUCUGAAUCCUCUUCAACCAUUGUGCUGUCACAAACUACUGGACCAUUUAAAAUACCAGUGAUAAGUCAUUCAGCUACUUGUGAGUGUUUGAGUAGCAGGACAGAAUAUCCUUCUUUUUUUCGAACCAUUGCCAGUGACUUUUAUCAAAGUCGAGCCCUCGCUCAACUGGUCAAGCACUUUGGCUGGACCUGGGUUGGAGCAGUCAAUAGUGAUAGUGACUAUGGUAACAAUGGCAUGGCUAUCUUCCUAGCUGCGGCCCAAGAAGAAGGAGUUUGUGUGGAAUACAGAGAGAAGUUUCACAGGGCAGAACCAGAAAAACUUCUAAAAGUGGUUGAUGUGAUCCGUAAGAGCACUGCCCGGGUUAUUGUUGGUUUCCUGGCCCAUGUAGAGAUGAACAACCUUCUGGACCAAUUGAGUCUGCACAACAUCACUGGCAGACAAUUCAUUGGAGUGGAGGCCUGGAUUACUGCUGACAGCCUUGUGACUCCUACCAGCUUUGCUGUAUUGGGAGGCUCACUGGGCUUUGCAGUGCAAAAGGCUAAUAUCAGUGGCAUGGAAGAUUUUUUAGUCAAAGGCUUUUGGGAGACAGAAUUUCAGUGUAAGGAGGCAAACCAGGACAGUAUGAUAAAUACUACAUUUUGCAGAGAAAAUCAGGAUCUAAUGGAGCUGAUAGAUUAUGAUGAUGAUGUGGCAGAGCUGAGAUACUCCAGUAACAUUUACAAAGCAGUCUAUGCUGUAGCCUAUUCUCUGCACAAUAUCCUAAAGUGCUCAAACAGUCAAGGGUGUGACAAGAAAGUUCAUGUUACUCAUAGGCAGGUAAACUAAACUAAUGACUAAACUUUUCUUUGUUUUCUACAUCAAAAUAAUGAUAUUAAUAUAAUGGCAAUAUAUGACACACUGUAGUUUUCUGGUCUUCAGG